CCCCCCAGGCGUGCAUCGACGAGAACAUGGAGGUGGUGCAGUUCCUGGUGGAGAGCGGCGCCGACGUCAACCAGGCCGACAACGAGGGCUGGACCCCGCUGCACGUGGCCGCGUCCUGCGGCUACCGGGACAUCGCCCAGUACCUGCUGGAGCACGGGGCCGACGUGGCGGCGGUGACGAGCGACGGCGAGCUGCCGCUGGAGGUGGCCGAGGACGAGGGGCUGGAGGCGCUGCUGCGGGCGGAGGUGGCGCGCCGAGGAGUGGACGUGGCGGCGGCCAAGAGGGCGGAGGAGGAGCGGAUGCUGCGGGACACGCGGCGCUGGCUGGACGCCGGCGAGAUCCGCGACGCCCGGCACCCGGCCACCGGCGCCAGCGCCCUGCACGUGGCGGCCGCCAAGGGCUACAUCGAGGUCAUGAGGUGGGCGGGGGGGG